CCUAGGGUGACUCUGAAAUGGAAUUUUCUCACAAUAUGCAAACAUUUCAAGUAAAGAGAAUAAAGGAGAGAGUGGGAAACACACAACAUCAUAGCUUUAGCAAUAUAUGGGAGGGGGAUGGGAGCCAAUGCCUGUAGACACAGGCAGCAGCAGCAUCUGUGCAGUCUGUGCCCUCAUCAGUGAGCUUUGUAUAUUUCUCUAUGCUGAAUGUAGCCAAUCGCAGUGCACAGGUGAACAGAGGCUGGGCAAGCUCUGAGCUCACAUAUCCGAUCCUCUCUCAAAUGCGAGCAGCCUUGAUCAGACGGGAUAAUACAGCAAACAGCACACAAACCUGUAUCUAUUCUGCCGAUGAAACUUCUCUGCUCUCUGCAUACACAGUAACAAGGAAUGAAGACAAAAAGGAAAAGUCACAGACCAGGUCUUCAUUGCCUACAUGCAGACAUCAGCUAGGCAAUGGUAUGAAACAACAGUGACACUGUGAAUGAAUCUGCAAGAUAAACAUUUGUGGCAUAAUGUCCCUUUAAGGUACCUUCAAAGCUGAAUAGAUGAUUUGUGGGCGUCAGAAAGUGUUGGCUGAGAAAAAGCUGUAAUGUCUUUCCUUGCUUCAUCCCUCUCUAUGGAACUUGAAUACGUCCACAGAAAAUGGAAAAGCAUUGCCUAUGUAAUUGUGCUGUUUAUCCUAAGCACUGUUGGUGGUGCUCCUGGGGUGUGUCCUCCAGGUUGCAUUUGUGCCAGCGACAUAGUAAGCUGCACUAACAAGAAUUUAUCUAUUGUGCCCAGGACAAUCUUUAAAUUUAUCAGAAGACUCGAUUUAAGCUAUAACAAAAUAGGCUUCUUGGACCCAGACUGGUUCCCAGUCUUGCUUGAUAAAUUGCACACCUUAAUAUUAAAUCAUAACACUGUCAGCAGCAUUUCUACUGGCAGUUUCUCCACCAUCCCAAAUGUGAGAUAUCUUGAUUUGUCUUCUAAUAAUCUAAGAACGCUGAGCAACCCAGUCUUUCAAGAACUUAAAAUGCUAGAAGUCCUUCUGCUGUACAACAACCAGUUAACACACAUUGAUUCUGGGGCAUUUGGAGGGCUCCACAAAUUGCAGAAAUUGUAUCUGAGUUACAAUUCACUGACACAUUUCCCAUUGGACUUGUAUGUGGGCAGAAGCAAACUGACAGAACUUGUGUUGUUGGACGUCUCUCACAAUAACUUGCAAACAGUGCCUGUCCAGCAAAUCAGCUUAAUAUCAGCAAGGCAACUCAGUGGGAUUUAUCUGCACGAGAACCCAUUUCUCUGUGACUGUCAGCUGAACACAAUGUUAAACUUUUGGUACCACAGACACUUCAGUCCAGUUGUGGAUUUUCACAAUUACUAUGCCUGUACUUUACCAACCGAAGCCAAGCAGCAGCAGCUGAUCCAAGAGAGUUUUCUCAACUGUACAGAAAGUGCUGUGAAUGGAUCAUUUCCUGCAUUUGGUCUGUUGUAUGAGGCUCAGGUUGGAGAACGGUUGGUAGUGAAUUGUGACAGCAAGAUCAUAGACACAGACACACAAUUCAUGUGGAUAAUUCCAGAGGACAGAAUCCUGGAACCAGAAACAAAGACUGACCAUUUCCAGGUGUUUUACAAUGGGAGCCUAGAAAUUAAAGAUGCUCAUAUAUCUGAUUCUGGUAUUUAUUCAUGUAUUGCAAUCAACAAAAUUAGACUGGUUAAUGAAACCAUAGAUAUUAGAAUAACAGUCGGCAAUUUUACAAGUCACAAAUCUCAUGCUCAUGAAGCAUUCAAUACUGCCUUCACUACACUUGCUGCUUGUGUAGUCAGUAUAGUCCUGGUCCUCCUUUACCUCUAUCUCACUCCCUGCCGAUGCUGGUGUAAAUCCAGGAAACACAAAAGAAAACAGAACCAAAACAGUGCCCAUUCCUCUAUCUUAAGUGCCACACCGUCACAUGAGCCCCUGGAUGACAGAAAGUCCAGCACUGGAAAACGGGUCGUCUUCCUGGAGCCUGUGAAGGAUGCAGAGCAAGGCCAAAAUGGAAAAGUCAGACUGAUUCCCAGUGAGAACCUCACAGCUGAAAGCAUCUUAAAGAGCAGCAGAUCAAAGUCUGACUCUGAUUCUGUCAACUCUGUCUUUUCAGAUGUCCCUAUCAUAGCACCAGUGUAAUCAUUUGCUUGUGUACCCAUUUCACAGUUACAAUCUGCACAUUUGGCAUAGUAAAAGCAACAGUGACUCUCAAGCAAACACACACACACACACACACACACACACACACACAUAGUAAAAGCAACAGUGACUCUCAAGCAAACACACACACACACACACACACACACAUAGUAAAAGCAACAGUGACUCUCAAGCAAACACACACACACACACACACACACACACACACACACACACACAUAGUAAAAGCAACAGUGACUCUCAAGCAAACACACACACACACACACACACACACACUGACAUAGUAAAAGCAACAGUGACUCUCAAGCAAACACACACACACACACACACACACACACACACACACACUGACAUAGUAAAAGCAACAGUGACUCUCUCAGGCAAACACACACACACACACACACACACACACACACACACACACACUGACAUAGUAAAAGCAACAGUGACUCUCUCAAGCAAACACACACACACAAACACACAUUUGCAAAUGAAAUAUUUCACACAAGGAAAUGAAUGUAUUAGAUUUCACUAGCUACAAACACAUACAGAUAUUGUUUAAAUCAGGAAUUACUUUUAAAAUGAUGCUCUAUAUUCUCUAUCUGUCUUUGUUUACUAGAGAUUCUUCUGUUUUAAGAAGACUGGUUUGUAUUCUUCAGCUCUGGGAAAUGUUUUAUGUUUACAUUUUUGACAAUUACAAAUCUUCUAUGGACACAUUACUUGCCCCUGAGAUCUUUUGAAUACAAUCUUAAAUUAUGUUUCUAUAAUAUUUUACAGCCGCAAAGGUGGGGUCUUAAUGUAGCAAAAUACAUUUAUAUUUUAGGGACGUAUAGUCCCAUUGUUCUCUAUAUGGUGAUGGAAAAUGUUUAUCACGUUUUACCAUAUCUAAAAUAAACAUAACUUCAUUCAUAUAGUAAUGUAAACUCCGUUAAUUGCAUUCUUGUAUUACGCAAACAUAAUCACAAAGGAACUGAUGUGUUUUUUUUUCAGUUGCUUAGGACUAUUUGUUGUUUCAUUAGUAUUUUCUAUUUUGUAGUCUAGAUCAGAUUUCAUAAAGGCCUUUGCUGUGCAAAGUGAUUAUUCUGAACUACAGUAAAUGCUCAGAAAUCAUCCAAAUAGGACUUGUCUAUUCAUUGAUUACUAGUGCAGAUGUUCUCUUACAAUAGGUUAAUAUACUAGAGUAAUAUCUUAUCCGUGUUAAUCAUGUACAGCUGAUAAGUAAAUAAUGAUGACUGGAAUUUCAGUUAAUGUUUAUUUUAUGUCAGAAUGUUUUUUUAUUUUACCUAAAUGUUCCAUAUCUAUAUAUUUGUAUUACAUUACAUUUUAUUGUGCACAAGUAUGUUUGCACUAAUGUUACAGGUUAACCAAAAUACAUGAGCAACAAGUAGAUAACUUGUGAAUCUUGAAAUGACGUGGAGUAAACAUAGGACCAUAUGUUAAUCAUUUACAUAGGGCUCUACGUUUAGUUAGAAUUCAAUGUCUGGUAGAUGAUUAGUAUCUGCCUUUAAUAUAUUCAUAUGUAUGAAUUAUUAAAUAGCUUUAACCAGUUUCAAUGAUAUACUGUGCUAGCUAGCAGCAAUGUAAUAGCCAUAAUGCUUAUUUAUACCAACGUUAGAUUGUCAUGUAGCCCUGUUAGAAAGACAUACAGUAGAUAAAGAAAAGUGUAUCCCCAAUUACUGUAUGUUCUUCUAAUAGAAUGCUUACUUUGCCUACAUAUUGCAUACAUGUAUCUUUAAUAUUUAACUUUGAAUGACUGUUGAAUAUAUGUUUCUACUUUUGCUGAAUUCAUUGGCAUUACAAAGUGGUAUGGUGGUGUAUAUGAGUUGAAAUGUUAUCACAGUGAUAAACAGAGCAAGAAUCUGUUAACAUGGUUAUAAGAUGCAGGUAUGUCAUAAGUCUGAUCAAUAUAAAACAUGCUAGCAAAUAAAUGACUGAAAUAUUC